UUCGGCGCUAGGUGCGAAUUUUUGGCGGCGGCUGCUUUGCAUUUUUUUUGCAGCUGAGGAAUUUAUGGGUUUUUUGGAGGUGAGGAGGGGCUGCAAUUUGUUUUCGGCGCCGCCGCAGCUGCGAGAACGGAGAGUCUCUUUGGAUUUCUUUUUAAAGGCGGAAAAAUAAAAUGAAAUGUAAAACAACUCUCGCCCCCCUCAGAAGGUAGCACUGGAAGCUGAUGAGCAUCAAUCAUUCAGUUGCUCUGUGAUUUUGUCAAGCUAUCAUGGCUUGUGUGGCUUGCCCCAGCACAAGUGAGUUCCCUUUCUUGGCAGACAGGCAUGCUCGUCUUUUAUUAGCCCAGAUCAACAAGCUGAGAUGUGGGCAACACUUCUGUGAUGUACAGCUCCAGGUUGGUGAAGGUGCAUAUAAAGUCCAUCGGCUCGUUUUGGCUGCAAGUAGCUCUUAUUUUGCUGCUUUGUUUGCUGGAGGGAUGAAGGAAUCUUCAAAGGAUGUUGUGCAGAUCCUGGGUGUGGAUGCUAAUAUUUUCCAGAUCCUCCUGGAGUUUAUUUAUACAGGUAUUGUCAGCAUUAAUGAAAAUAAUGUCCAGGAGUUGAUUGUGGCAGCAGACAUGUUUCAGCUGUCAGAGGUGGUGGACCUUUGUUGUGAAUUUCUAAAGGGACAGAUUGAUCCUAUGAACUGCAUUGGACUCUUCCAGUUUGCUGAGCAAAUUGCCUGUCAUGACCUUCUAGAAUUCGCAGAGAAUUACAUCCAUGCCCACUUCCUGGAGGUUCACAAUGGAGAUGAAUUCUUGGCAUUGACAAAAGACCAGCUAAUUAAGAUAUUGCGAAGUGAAGACCUAAGCAUAGAAGAUGAGUACCAGGUUUUUAUGGCUGCCAUGCAAUGGAUUUUAAAAGACUCAGGGAAGAGAAAGAAACACGUUGUGGAAAUACUGGAUGCAGUGAGAUUUCCUUUAUUAUCUCCACAAAGACUUCUGAAGUACAUAGAAGGGAUUUCAGAUUUCAGUCUCCGAGUGGCUCUGCAUACUCUGUUGAAAGAAUAUUGUGAAGUUGGUCAGUCUCCCAAAGAAAAUAAGAUGAGUAGUUUUCUCCAGGCACCUAAGACACGUCCACGGAGAAAAGCUAGGAAGUACAUUUAUGCAAUAGGUGGUUAUACUCGGUUGCAGGGAGGUCGUUGGAGUGAUAGCAGAGCUCUCAGCUGCGUGGAGCGUUUCGACACUUUCAGUCAGUAUUGGACUACUGUGUCUUCCUUACACCAGGCUCGCAGUGGCCUGGGUGUUACAGUAGUUGGAGGAAUGGUCUAUGCUAUUGGAGGUGAAAAAGACUCUAUGAUUUUUGACUGUACUGAACGCUAUGAUCCUAUUACAAAACAAUGGGCAGCUGUAGCUUCGAUGAAUCAUCCUCGCUGUGGCCUUGGAGUAUGCACCUCAUAUGGGACUAUCUAUGCUUUGGGAGGUUGGGUUGGAGCAGAAAUUGGCACUUCUGUUGAACGUUUUGAUCCUGAAGAGAAUACUUGGGAAAUUGUGGGCAGCAUGGCUGUGCCACGUUACAAUUUUGGAUGUUGUGAAAUACGAGGUUUAAUCUAUGUUGUGGGAGGCAUUGGCAAUGAAGAAAUAGAACUAUGUUCUGUGGAAGUCUAUGACCCCCUGUCUAAGCGCUGGUCUACCCUUCCUGAAAUGGGCACCAGAAGGGCGUAUCUAGGAGUGGCUACUUUGAAUGACUGCAUCUACGCUGUUGGAGGGUGGAAUGAAAUUCAAGGUGCUCUUUCAACUGUUGAGAAAUACUCAUUUGAAGAGGAAAAAUGGACGGAAGUUGCUUCAAUGAAAGUCCCAAGAGCUGGAGUAUGUGUCAUAGCUGUGAAUGGCUUCCUUUAUGCCACAGGAGGCAGGACUGCCAGUUAUGAGGCAGCUGCUCCUGUAACUUCAGAUUCUGUGGAAGUGUAUAAUCCACAUGUGGAUACUUGGACUGAAACUUCUAACAUGAUCACCAGCCGCUGUGAAGGAGGUGUGGCAGUUCUUUGAAGUAGGGGUCUCCAACCUUAGUAACUUUAAGGCUUGUGGACUUCAACUCCCAGAGCUGGGAGUUGAAGUCCACAAACCUUAAAGUUACUAAGGUUGGAGACCCCUGCUUUGAAGAAUACCAUGCUUUAAAAAAAACAGCAAAAAUUGAAGUGAGAAUUUAAAUGCUGUAAAGAAACUGAAGAUUUGGGUAGCGGUUAAGAAAGUGUGUGCAGUUAAAAGAGGAAUUGAUUUUUAAAGCAUAUCCAGAAAUUUACAACAAUUGUUACUGAAACCGUUUAAAUCUUUAUGCUUGUCUGUGGAACAGUUUGUAGACAAUUCUGACAAUAGAAACUUCUUGGUUUUUAACAUCUGCCAUUGACAUUUGGAAAGUUUCUGUGGUUUAUCAUGUUAGGAAACUCAUUUGAAGCACAGAAAGUUAAAAUUGACAAAUUCAUUUCAAUAUUUAAUAGAUACUAUAAUUUUUCUAAAAUCAUUAUUUCUUUUAGACUUGUUAAAGGUCUCUCAUUUUGGGGAAAUAAGAGAUUGGCUAAUGUGACUCCGUGAUCUAGUUCACUUGUCAAACUAAUUCUUCCCAUUAGAUUUCACAGCUUACAGUAAUAUUUAUUUGCAUUUCUUCAGUUGCCCAAUCACAUGACUGGGUGAUGU